AUGACUCUGGUAGGCACCAUCCCACCGGACCUGGGAAAUCUAUCUUUCUUGUCAAGCUUCACCAUUGUUAAUAAUAGUUUCCAUGGCACAUUACCAAACCAAUCGGCUAAUCUGCGUCGGUUGAACCACAUGAACUUGGAAAACAAUGAAAUCAGUGGGGAAAUCCCUUCGUGGUUUGGUUCUUCAUUCACUCGUCUUCGAACCUUGUACUUAUUUGGAAACAACUUCUCUGGUUUAAUCCCAUCGUCUCUGUGCUAUUUACCAAAGCUAGAAAUUUUGAGUUUGAACAGAAACAAUCUGCAAGGCCAGAUUCCUGUCAGGAUUGGAAACAUUUCCACCUUGAAGAUAUUGUCAAAUCCCGGGACGAUCGGUGAUCUUCUGAACUUAGAGAUGCUUAGCUUUUCUGGAAACAACUUAACAGGGCCUGUGCCUUCAAGUAUUGGGAACUUAACAUUUCUGAGUUUCCUUGAUUUUUCCUGUAAUAGCUUAUCAGAUAUCAGGACGACCGCCCUGCCAGUCUCCCUCUGUUCAUCCCUGCUGGAUAUCGUAGGAAACCUACAGAAUCUAGAAGUCUUAUAUUUGGGACAUAAUAAUUUCACUGGUUUCAUCCCCCCUUCGAUCUUUAACAUGUCUACUACAAGAGUUAUUUGGCUUGGUUUCAAUCUACUCUCAGGCCAGCUUCCACCAGUUACAGGCCAUGGACUUCCGAAACUCGAAGGGCUUUAUCUUGAGCUAAAUCAACUAAGUGGACCGAUCCCCAGUUCCAUCUCCAAUGCCUCUAAGCUUAUUAAUCUUCAGCUACCGAAAAAUUCCUUUUCGGAAUUGUUCCAAACACGUUUGAAAGUUGUGAUAUUUGAUGAUAAUCCAUUGAUCAGCGGUGAACUUCUGGUUUCUGUGGAGAAUUUAUCUGCUUCUGUAUCCUUUUUCUAUGCUUCUCAUUGCAGCAUUAAGGGAUGGAUCCCAAGCAAAAUAGGAAACUUAAGCCUACUGUUUUGGUUGGGGCUCGAUCACAAUGUGUUUACUGGAACAAUGCCUGCAACACCUGGAAAUUUGAGAGAGCUUCAAAAUGUUAACCUUGGGAGUAAUAAGCUACACGGAUCGAUCCUGUCGGAGUUAUGUCGUCUGCAGAGGUUGGCUUACUUGACUCUCACGGAUAAUGAACUAUCUGGACCAAUACCAGCAUGCUUAGUUUACCUCAAUUCCAUCGACCUUGGCGAGACUAAAUGGUAUCUUGUUCCUGGAGUAUCUUCAAAUUCCCUAACUGGUUCUCUCCCAGUUGAUAUUGGGAACUGGAAGUCUGUGACCAAUUUGAAUUUGUCCGAUAAUCUGUUCUCCGGUGCUAUCCCAAGCACCAUUGCUGGUUUCAUGCACCCAACUCAUCUAUCCUUAUCUGGUAACAUGCUGCAGGGUUCUGUUCCACAGUCUUUUGAUGAGUUGAUAAGUUUGGAGUACUUGGAUUUGUCGAGGAACAACCUCUCGGGACCGAUCCCGAAGUCAUUAGAGAAUCUCCAAAAUCUCAAGUAUUUGAAUGUCUCUUUCAAUAGACUACAAGGGGGAGUUCCGAAUGGAGGAUCGUUCGGGAACUACUCAAGCCAAUCAUUCAUAGGCAAUGAAGAGUUGUGUGGUUCACCACAAUUUCAAGUCCCACCGUGCAGAACUGAUGAUCCCUAUAUGAGGGCCGGGAGUUCCAAGCUUUUAAUAUAUAUCCUUCCUGCAAUCGGCUCACCAAUAUUAAUAUCGACGAUGAUUAUCGUCCUUUUACGAUGUCGAAGUAGGAAAGACAAAGCGCGAAUUCAAGAAAAUUUGCUACCAUUGGCUGAAUGGAGAAGGGUUUCUUACCAUGAGCUCCAUGAAGCUACUGAUGGAUUUUCCGAAAGCAAUUUAAUUGGAGCAGGGAGUUUUGGGUCAGUAUACCAAGGGACUCUCCCAACCGGGAUGACCAUUGCAGUAAAAGUAUUCAAUAUGAAUCAAGAUAGAGAGCCCUUAAAAGCUUCGAUGUCGAGUGCGAGGUACUCCGCAACAUCCGUCAUCGAAAUUUGGUUAAAAUCAUUAGUUGCUCUAAUAUGGAAUUCAAAGCCUUGGUACUCGAGUUCAAGUCCAAUGGAAGCUUGGAGAAGUGGCUAUAUUCUCAUAACCUUUUUCUGGAUAUUUCGAAAAGGCUGAACAUAAUGAUCGAUAUCGCAUUGGCACUGGAAUAUCUCCACCAUGAUCAUACCCCACCCGUAGUUCACUGCGAUCUAAAGCCGAACAAUAUCCUGCUAGACAAAAGCAUGGUCGCACACCUGGGUGAUUUUGGCAUUGCAAAACUCUUGGGUGAAGAAGAUUUAAUGACAUAAACCAAGACGCUAUCAACCAUAGGUUAUAUGUCACCAGAAUACGGUUCAGAAGGAAUUGUUUCUACAAAAUGUGUUGUGUAUAGUUUCGGGAUUCUUGGCAUGGAAACUUUCACAGGGAAGAAACCAACAAACGACAUGUUUGCGGAAGAAAUGAGCCUAAAAUGUUGGGUGAAGGAAUCAUUACCAUUUGCAUGUUAUGGACAAUAAUUUGCUAAACACAGGUGAAAGAGAGCAGCGAUUAGCAGUAAAGGAUAGCCUAUCUUCCAUUCUGCAAUUAGCCCUGCAAUGUUCGGCCGACAUAGCAGAGGAGAGGAUUGAUAUUGAAGAAGUUGCGAGGUUGAAGAAAAUCAAAGCCAUGUACUUACGGCAAGUUGAACAUGUUUAAUAUUAACA